AUGGCUUCAUUCUUCUCAUCGUUGCUGCAAUGGUUCAGCGGCCUGUUCUUCUCCAAGACCGCCGAGAUAUCUAUCGUAGGACUGCAGGCGCGGAAGACGUCCUUCGUGAACGUGAUAGGGUCUGGACAGUGGAGCGAGGACGUUGUGCCGACGGUCGCAUUCAACUUCAGGAAAGUCCGGCGGGGGAACGUCACUCUCAAAGUAUGGGACGUCGCAGGCCAGCCGAGGUACAGGUCGAUAUGGGAGCGCUAUUGCAAUGGUAUGGACGCAGUCGUAUUCGUCGUGGACUCGAUGGAUAAGGAAAAGUUCGACACCGCUCGGUUUGAGCUGCACCAGCUACUCGCGCAACCAUCUCUUGUUGGCGUGCCGCUCCUAGUGCUUGGCAACAAAAACGAUCUGCAAGGGCACGCGCCUGUGAACGAGCUCAUUCAGGCCCUUCAACUUCACAAAAUCCACAACAGGCCGGUAUCGGCAAUCCAGUGUUCAAUGAAAAGCCAACACAACCUAGACAUCGUCCUACAGUGGCUCGCUGGUCGCAGCCAUUAA